UCAGCCUCGAACCUGUACCAGCUCAAUGCCAGCACGGCACCACGGUUUCUCCACGCACAGGCCAUUGCCAACUGUGUGGCCAAACACCACCUCAGUUUGACCGGGUUCCGGUACCUGUUUCUGGAGGAGGGGCACAUGACACUCAUGUGCAGGGUCCACGUUUCCUUCUACUACAGCGACGGCUCUUCGGCCACGGCGCUCGGCACGUGCUGCUUCUUCAUGGCCCGAGACCUCCACGUGCAGCAGCUAGACUGCCGGAUCUCCGCGUUCCAGAGGCUGAUCUCCAUGGAAGCGUUGCAGCAGCGGUGGGCCGCACACCAGGCCAUGCAAAAGAACGGCCAGGUGCAGCCGCAAGACGGGCGCGGCCCCGACUUCUACCAGCACAUGGCCCUGGACGCCGAGUGCUGCAAGACCAUGCAGACUUGCGGGCUCUCGCCCGGCGCCAUGCGGGUCAUGCAGAUCGGCGACGUCAUGGCCUGCCUCCAUCCGCUCAUGCGGUACACGCGGGCCGGCAAUAUCGCAUCGCCCUUGAGGGCACUUGAACGCUUUGUGGAGACGAAAUCC